AUGGACAUGGCAUCAAUUCGGUACGAGCGCCUGGAGGCGACGGACAAGUUCGACCCGGCCGACGACGACAGCAACAACAACAUCAUCAACACGGCGACGGAAGACACCAGCUCGCCCUCUCGCAGGCGGCCGAUCUGGACGCGGAGACAGGCAACGCUGGCCCUUCUCGGCAACCUCGUCCUGCUCCUGACGUCGAUAUGCCUCUUGUCGGUGGCAGCUCGCCGGCGGCCGUCCCCCUCGCACCUGGAAUGCGCCCAGAAGGUCUCACCAUACUCGCCCAUGUGGGAGGCCGUCGAGUUCUGGGAGGGCAACUUUGCCAACGAGUUCAACUCGUCGACCAAGUAUCGCGGCCCGCCGACGCUCGAGCGCGAGCGCGCCUGGAACGACCUCUGGCACUACCAUCUCAUCCGCGUCGACGCCGCAGGCGUGGCGGCGUUGAACCAGACUCACGCCGGCAGACACGCCCAAGUCAAGGGCAGCGACCCUGCCCAUCCGCAGUUUGGGGCUACGAUUGAGGUUUUCCACCAACUACACUGCCUGAACGUGCUGCGCCAGUACUCGUGGCCGCUCGACAGGUUCGACCCAUCCUGGGGCGAGGACCUCUACCCGUCCAUGCUGCAGGACGCCGCGACGGGUCGCACCCACGUCGACCACUGCAUCGAGGCCCUCCGGCUCUCGCUCAUGUGCACCGGUGACAUCACGCCCGUGCUGUUCCUCCACGACGAGGCGAGCCCGCUCGGCGUCAGGGCCGACUUCAACAUCCACCACAAGUGCCGCGCCUUUGGCCCGCUCGUCGACUACGUGCAGCGCAACGGCGUCGAGCUGGAGACGUGA